CUCAUGAUCAAUAUUCGAUACAAUUUCCUACCUGAAUACAUCUUUAUAAUUUUUUUUUUAUCCUUUGAAAUUCUUUGUAAAAGUAUCAACACUCCGAUCUGUUUUGAUUUUUUAAACAGACAAUUGCCAUUGAGACGCAGUUUGUGUAAUUGAAGUAUUCACUUUCUACCAUCACCUUCGUGCAACAAGAAGCAAUUAAAAUUGCUUAGACGAUAACAUUACAAGUAAAAAAUAGUUUAAGGAGAAGAAUUCCAUUUUUUCUCCAAGCUUACGUUUGAAUUUCAUUCGUUUUAGAAGAGAAGUAAAUAGACGCUGGCAAUAUAAAACCACAUACGAAAUGAAUUCUACAGCAUCCAAUGAUGGAUUAUUUCCUCGUGGACCUCUGUUUUUAGAGAAUUUGGUAACUCCUUAUUGUGAAAAACUUGGGCUUUAUAAAUUACCCAGGCAUAUUCACGUAGUCAUUCUCAGUGCUUUGUUUUAUCAGUUUAUCAAUCUUCUUUCUCCUUGGAUAUCCAACAAACUGAGCAGACAUUACAAGCACUUGUCCAGGCGUACCAAGCUGAACUGGGAUUCUCACGUUGUUAGUUCUGUUCAGAGUGUCCUUCUCAUUUCUCUAGGCUAUCUCAUCCUGAGAGAAGUGAAUAACUUCAAUGACAAACUCUUUGGGUAUUCCGUCUAUGCAGGUGAUAUAUAUGCUUUGGCAGAUGGUUACUUUCUCUGGGAUUUGUAUAUUACUGUUCGUUACGCUAAAAUUACCGGCUUGGGAUUUGUCGUUCAUGCGGUUGCUGCAUUGUUCGUGGUAACAUUCAGCUAUUCCCCAUACCUCAUGUACUAUGGUCCAACUUACUUGUCUUGGGAAUUAAGUACCCCUUUCUUAAACAUUCAUUACUUUUUGGAUAAGACGAACAAAACAGGAUCCAAAUUCCAAAUUCUUAAUGGUAUUCUUCUUAUCCUUACCUUUUUCUUCGUUCGUAUCGUUUGGGGUUGGUACUCUGCUUAUAGCACCUCAAUGGAAAUUAUUCGCCGUGUAACUGAAAUUCCUCGCGGCCUUAGCUUGUUUUACUUAGCUGCAAACAUGUCUUUGAAUUGCUUAAAUCUUUUCUGGGUUUUCAAAAUGAUGGAUGCUAUUCGUCGUCGUGCUCAUGGUGAGAAACUGAGCCCUGCCCAAACUGCCAACUCCGAAGUUGCUAAAAAGAACCUCUAAAGUACAUUAUGUACCUUUUUUCAUAAGAAGAUAUUUACCUUAACUCUCAUUUCUAAUAUUCCACAAGUAAAGAUUACUUACCGUCUGAUUUUAAGAUGACAACCUUUCAAUCUUAGUGUUCAUCACUUACAACUCUGCAUACUUAUCCUUAUUGUUAGCUUAUCAACUCGCUUUUUUCUUUUUAAUGAAAGUUCUAGCUUGUUUUUUAAUUUUUGUAAGUUACAUUUCAAUGAUAAAAUAAGCUACCCUCUUUAUAAAUUCAGUAACGCCUAGUUUCUUUACGAUAUGCAUCGUUUGUCAAAGCAGGUUUUUAAUAACUUAAUAGAAAUGUUGUUGAGAACAGCAUUGAUGUUAAUUUCAAAUGUUAUAUAUGGUAAACAAAAGAACGAGUGCAAACUAAACAAAAUACUAUGAGAGAUACAAUAAUGGAAGAACUAAUUACUAUUAUUCUUUAACAAAAAGUAAAAUUUUCGAAUAAUUAGAGCCGACUGUGUAAAGUAAUAAUCACUUGAUUGAUGUGUUUG